AUGGUUUCCCUCUCGUUGCGCGGGGCCCGACGGACAGCCAAGGAUGCUGCCUCCUUGCCGUUCCUGUCCUGGACACUGUCUUUACUCGCGUUGAAUCCAUUACUCGUUUCUGCAAAGUCGGCUGCGGACUACUAUGUCCGCUCACUACCUGGCGCCCCGGAGGGGCCCCUGUUGAAGAUGCAUGCUGGGCACAUCGAAGUAGACCCCGAGAACCACGGAAACCUGUUCUUCUGGCACUUCCAGAAUCGCCAUAUCGCCAACCGCCAACGAACCGUCAUCUGGCUGAAUGGAGGCCCCGGAUGUAGCUCUAUGGAUGGUGCGUUGAUGGAGGUCGGCCCCUACCGGCUGAAGGACAAUUCUACGCUGGAGUAUAACGAGGGCUCGUGGGAUGAAUUCGGCAACCUCCUCUUCGUGGACCAGCCGGUGGGAACUGGCUUCAGCUACGUCAACGGGAACCAAUACUUGCACGAGAUGGAUGAGAUGGCCGCUCACUUUAUCACCUUUCUGGAGAAUUGGUUCGAUAUCUUCCCCGAGUAUGAGCGUGAUGACAUCUAUAUCGCCGGAGAAUCGUUCGCCGGACAGCACAUUCCGUAUAUCGCGAAAGCCAUCCAGGAGCGGAACGAAAAAGCGCAAAUGAAGCCAAAGUGGAGCCUCCGCGGCCUGCUCAUCGGCAAUGGCUGGAUUUCCCCCAAGGACCAGUACCCUUCUUACCUGACCUUUGCAUACGAAGAAGGCCUUAUUACGAAAGACAGCCGGACGGCCAAGAACCUCGAGGUGUUACAAUCCGUAUGCGAGUCGAGAUUGGAAGCGGGGAAAAAUAAGAUACAUCUGGACGAUUGCGAAAAGGUGUUGAGUGAGAUGCUCACGAAGACCAUGGACGUCUCUAAGAACGAAUGCAUCAACUCGUACGACAUUCGUCUCCGCGACGAAGCUCCCGCCUGUGGCAUGAACUGGCCGCCAGAGUUGACGCACAUGAAUUAUUAUCUCCGGCAACCCGAGCUGAUCAGUGCCUUGAACAUCAACCCCGAAAAGAAAUCCGGAUGGAUGGAGUGCUCGAAUGCGGUGUCGAGCACGUUCCGCACUCAGAAGUCAGUUCCCUCCGUGCAGCUUCUCCCGGGGUUGAUUGAGUCCGGGAUUCCCAUCCUCCUGUUCAGCGGAGACAAAGACCUUAUCUGCAACCAUGUCGGUACAGAAGAGCUCAUCAACAACAUGAAAUGGAAUGGUGGAACCGGCUUUGAGACUUCUCCGGGCGUGUGGGCGCCCCGGCACGAUUGGACGUUCGAGGGCGAACCAGCGGGAAUCUACCAGUACGCCAGGAACUUGACUUACGUGCUCUUCUACAACGCCAGCCAUAUGGUCCCGUAUGACCUCCCGCGCCAGAGCCGGGAUAUGCUGGACCGAUUCAUGCAGGUCGAUAUUGCCAGCAUUGGAGGCAGCCCCGCGGACUCCCGGAUUGAUGGGGAGAAGCUGCCCCAGACCUCGGUGGGAGGUCAUCCGAACAGCACCGCUGCUGAAGAACAAGAGAAGAAAAAGAUGAAGGAAGCGGAAUGGAAGGCGUACGCCAAGUCCGGCGAGGCCGUUCUGGUCGUCGUCAUCAUCGGCGUGAUCGUCUGGGGUUUCUUCAUCUGGCGCAGCCGGCGGCACCACCGCGGGUAUCGCAGUGUUUAUAACAAGAACAUGAGCGGAAGCUCGGUCCUCGAGCGAUUCCACAGCAAGCGCUCUGGAGCGGACAUGGAGGCGGGGGAUUUCGAUGAGGCUGAGCUGGACGAUCUCCAUUCUCCGGGGCUGGAUCGGGAGCACUAUGCGGUUGGGGAUGAUAGUGAUGACGAGCAGCAGCACCAACGGCAGGGUUCUCGACCGGAAGGUGGCCAGUCAUGA